AUGUCUGACCUAUCAUGGUGGGACACAAUUCCAACCCAAUUUCUCACUCUCGUGAUGUCGGUUGUCGGAGAGGCCUCCACUGAAUCGUCCCUUCCACACUCUCCAGUGGAGUCACGUAGAGAUAAUGACUCGAUAAACGUUCCCGUAAAAAACCAGAAAGGCUUUUUGAACAAUGGCUCCCUGGAUUUGCCCGCAAAGAUAGAGAAUUUUAAGUCAUGGAGCACUACGGCCAUGAAGUGCACAAAACAAGUCAUCGAGGAGAAACUGGGGACCACAUCACCUACUCGUGAUCCUCACAUCGAGGCCAAUAUCGAGGAGAUCAAGAAGAUGCAGACCCAAUACCAGGAGAUAAGUAAUUCAGUGAAGAAAAUCGCCUCCCACCUGAGCGCAUUUUCUUUACUGGAGCAGGGACUCUCGUCGCAACUAACCAUUGCCGGGCAGUCCCAGCCCGAAUUGUUCCAGGAAUUCGCUCGCAACGCCGACAGCCAACGCAUUGCCGCCAAAUCCUCCAGUGGUUAUGUCGCCGCACUGGAGUCAUUCUACGGUGGGUUGGACACUUUCUGCAAGAAAACGGUACCCGACACCCUGGAUACGAUACGUCAGCUUGAGCACUCACGUCUUAUUUAUGACGCCUACAGAAUUGAACUUGAACGUAUGGGAAACAAAGGGGUCAAGGCAGCUCAAAUGCCGUCCACAGGAUCGUCAGAUGCACCAACUGCGACCACUGCAGACGAAGCGCCAACAUUGCAGCAGGAUUUAAAUGCCCAGCAACUCCGUCAAAAGUUUGAGACCAGCCGCGAAAACUACCUCAAAAUGAAGUCAGAUGCUGAUGUAAAGAUGAAAUUACUUCACGAGAACAGGGUUCGUGUAUUACGGAACCACUUGCAGAUGCUGCAAGCGGCGACUUUCUCAUACUACUCGAACGGGUUCCGCAACUUGGAGUCAUUGUUAAGUUCCCUCGGAGAGCACAACACAUCGCCUUCCAAGUGUAUUGAUCCCUCGUCCUCUAUUGUAUCCGGCGGUGUCCCUGCCCCCUCUUUCCUGGAGGUACAAAGUCCCCCCGUGUAUGCAUCAUCGACCCACUCGUCCACAAGUAAUGGAGACGUCGACAUAAAGCGCCAGCAAGAUGAACAACAUGAUGUCUUUCAGGAAUGA